AGUGAGUCCAAUUCAGUUCUCUCCGCCGUGCGUCGUAAACCUCCCCUCAUGAGGCUCAGAUCAUCCCGCUAUGCUUUGCUCUUCCAGCUAAGUAGCCUAACCAGUGAACUGCGGUCGUCAGCCAGUCCCUCAUACCGACUCAGAGCCACGUUUCACACCGGUCUUCCUUUACUUUUCGCCCGGAAACUCACGAUGCAGUCGAGUCGUCAUGUGGCGUUAACCAGCAGCAGCAGAGCGGAGGAGCAAGGGCCGGGGCUUCUCAGAGACGUGCCCGCCGUCACCACAGACAUAGCGGGUCCUCCCACGGAGAGGAUACGAGUGGCAGGCAUGCUCCUCCUCAACGAGAGAAACUCAAGGACCCCGAGUCCUCUGUUAGCGGGGAACUGUGACGACGACUCGGAGGCAGAGGCGUUCAAAGAUGGGAGAACCGAGGAGGUCGACCGGGACACCAGGGGCAGGGCGUUCACCUGGUGCCGGGACUUUCUGUCAGGGUCUUGGAAGACCGUCAAAGAGGGGGAUUUUCAAAUCAGCAUCGUCAGUGGUGGACUGAGUAAUCUGCUUUAUCUGUGUUGUUUGCCGGACCAUGUACAAACUAUGGGAGAGGAACCUCGCCAAGUGCUCCUCAGAGUCUAUGGUGCCAUCUUACAGGGAGUGGACUCACUGGUGUUGGAGAGCGUGAUGUUUGCAAUCCUGGCGGAACGAACUCUUGGACCAAAACUUUACGGCAUCUUCCCUGAAGGACGCUUAGAACAAUUCCUUCCGAAUACUCGCAUGCGCACGGUUCAACUGUCAAAUCCAGCCAUAUCAACUGAGAUUGCCACUAAAUUGGCACAUUUCCAUAAAAUGAGCAUGCCCUUCAUCAAAGAGCCCAAGUGGCUCUUUGGGACCAUUAACAAAUACUUGGAUCAAGUGAUGUCGCUUCAUUUUGUGCGUGAAGCACAUGUGAAGAAGUACAAGAAGCUGAUGAAGUUGGACCUACCUGCUGAGCUGGAUAGCCUCCGUGCGUUGUUGGGAGCGACUCCAUCGCCAGUGGUGUUCUGCCACAAUGACGUCCAGGAAGGGAACAUUCUGAUGCUGGAUGGCACGGACCACAACUCAACAGAUAAACUCAUGCUGAUUGACUUUGAGUACAGCAGUUACAAUUACAGGGGUUUUGACUUUGGGAACCAUUUCUGUGAGUGGAUGUAUGACUACACCUAUAACCAGUGGCCCUUCUACAAAGCCACACCAGAGAACUUUCCAACCAGAGAGCAGCAGCUUCAUUUUAUCAGAGGUUAUUUGGCAGAGCAGAGAAGACACUCUGACAUCACCAUGGACCAGACACAGAUCGAAGAGGACAUGAUAAUUGAAGCUAACAGGUACGCAUUAGCAUCACAUUUCCUCUGGGGGCUGUGGUCCGUCAUUCAAGCAAAGAUAUCUAAGAUUGAGUUUGGAUAUAUGGACUACGCCCUGUGUCGGUUUGAUGCCUACUCCAAGCAAAAAAAGCUCUUCUCCUGAUUUCCACCAUGUUAAUCAGAAUGUAAUGUCUAUUUUUUCAACUGUGUUAUGUUAUCGAAACUCCAGUAUCAUGCAGUUCUGCUUAUAACAAGCAAUGUUGGAUGAAUGUUGCAAUUUCCUCGCUGCGGGACUAAUGAAGGAUUAUCUUAUCUUAUUGUCUCUUAUGAAAGAUAGACAUUUAGAUUUGAACACAAUGCAAGCAAUCCCUUUUAUUGAAGCACUUUUCCCCAUAGUGGGAAAUUUUGUUCGGGCAGGUAUAGCUCUAUCGCAAUUAAUGUUGUUGUUACUCAUUUAAGAGGCUCAUGUCUUUGAAUUCAUGUCUUUACACUUAAGACUGUGAAUCGUACUGUUCUAGUCAUUUUGGUUUACUAAGCCAAUCAUAUUCCGCGUGGUAGGUUUUUGUGUAUCUCAUUGCUUUGGUGUUUCUAGUCAUUCUACCUCACAUCUUUCAUCUGUUGCUCAUUCUGCUUUAGUGUUUUUCUUUUAUAGUCCAGUCAAGUUAAGUUAAAUGCUUACCCACAUUUAGCAAAUUAUUGCACAAGGGCUAAUUAAUACAGUAUCACCAAAGUAAACAAUACUGUAUAAGGCAGUUAAGUCACAAUUAUUGGAUCUAUUAACUGCACCUUUUUUUUCCGUCCAUAUUUAAUUCAGCUUGUAUUUUUAUUUUAGUCUUUUGUCAUUUGUCAUUCUUAAUGAUUCUUAAUAACUAAAAUGCAAGUAACCAUGUCAACCUGUAACUGUUUUGUUUUCAAGCAACAUUGGUUCAGUACCGUUUUAUUCUGUUAAAACUUCUCUGUAUUAUUUCUGUCAAUUAGCACUAAAGUCCUAUCAUUUAAAAGCUAAUAAACAUAUGUGCUUGGAACCUG